GAGAUAGGGACGACCUCUCUACAAGGGACACUUGUUUCAAUCCCAUGCUAAUACUUUAGUGUAUUAUUUGACCUCCGAGAUAGGGACGACCUCUAGGAUCAGGGACAAAGUUGUUGGCCCCAUAGUUUCCCUUGUUCGGAGGUUCCACUGUAUUAUGAUCUAUUUUGGGUGCCCCUGACUUGAUAGUGUGUUAAUUGCGUAAUCAGGUGGUAAGAACAGAGGAGUUGAGUGAAGAGAGUUUCAAGAGUCUCAUGGACUUCUCAAAGGCCAUGAAAAAAGUACCCAUCGUCUGCAAGGUGGGUGUGGCCUGUUGCCAUGGAGCUCUGAUUGUGUUUGUUUUCAGGACACGCCGGGCUUUGUGGUAAACCGACUCUUAGUUCCUUAUAUGGCAGAAGCAGUUCGUCUAUAUGAGAGAGGUGUGGCUACACCCGAAGAUAUAGACACAGGCAUGAAGUUGGGGGCCGGGUACCCCAUGGGACCUUUUGAGCUCUCUGACUACGUUGGACUGGACACUACCAAGUUUAUCCUGGACGGUUGGUCACAGAAGUAUCCCGAUGAACCGCUGUUCAAACCAAUAGAGACAAUCAAUAAACUGGUCGGAGAGGGAAAACUCGGCCGAAAAACUGGCGAAGGAUUCUACAAGUACUCAAAGUAGACACCAAAUCUAUGAAUUACGUUAAAGGAAUACACUAUUAUAUAAGAAUAUAAAUUUUUUCUGAAAACAUAUACUGAAGUGUAUUGUUUGGGCUAAGUGAUGAUGUUGCUUCAGUUUCUACACCACUACAUAAUUAUACAUACAUUCUGACUUGCAAAUUAUUGUCAAUGAGGUUUACAUGUACAAUGCACUGUAGGAAAUUUCGAAAUCGGGUAAGUGAUAGUGUUGCUUCAGUUUUCUACUUUAUUCUUUAUUCUUUAAUCAAUCUGACUUGGAAAAAAUCGGUGCGUGUGUCGUGAGAAUUCAUUCGAUAUCUGAAGGCAGAGGUGUGCAGUUAGUCGCCACGAUCCUCCAUGAAGUGGGGGGAGGUGAGGUCGUAGAGGUGCUGAUGAAUCUCAAGAAAUUUCGGACGCGAGUUUGGCUCUCGCGCCCAGCACGAGGACAUUAUCAGGAACACGUCCUCGGGGCAUUUGUCUGGCUGCGGGGGGAACGAGAAAUGCCGGGAGACUUUUGUGAUGACUUGUCGGUUGGUGAGAUUGCGAAAUGGAUGCUCUCCGUACGUGAAUAGCUCCCACAAUAGGACGCCGAAGGCCCAAAUGUCGCUGGCAGUCGAGAAUUCGUCGUCUGUGAUUGCUUCGGGAGGCAUCCAUCUAAUUGGGAGGGUCCUCCCGUGAAGGAGAUAGUAAGCUUCGGGGUAGAUUUUUGAACCGAUUCCAAAACUUGCCACUUUGAUGACUCUGUUUUGCCCACGGAUGCAGUUGCGCAGUGCCACGUCCUUAGUGAACGAUGUGUUGAGAAGACAGUAAGCCAGUCCCAUGCACACCUCGUCGGCCAUUUUGAGGAGCUCUCGGAACUCUUGGACGAUACUCUCGCCGUCCUCCACGUCUUUCAUGGCGAUACCCUUAUCCCUGAUGUAACCGAGGAGGUCUAUGUGGGAGGUUCCUCCGUCUAGAAUGAUGCACCCGGGCGUCGUGUUCGUACACACCCCGAGAAUUCCCACCACGUUCAGAUGGUUGAGAUGUGCCAACAUCGUGAUCUCUUGCUCGAAUUUGUUCCUCUUUGUAUCGUCUGUGCCUUCCUUGAGCAUUUUGACGGUCACGAUUCUUGAAGCCUCCCGUGGAACUAUUUCGUAGGCCUCUCCUCUAUAUACGGGGCCGUACUCCCCCUCUGCCAGCAUCGUGAGCAGGACCAG